UAAGGUUGAAGUCGUCAACGAUGACGCUGGGUGGAGGAAGGCGUUGCUCGUCGCUCUCGCUGUGAACUGACUAGAGGAACGGAAAAUGGCGGAUCUGGAAGACGUUACGCUGGACGGGAGACCGCUACAGUCCCUUCGAGUAGCGGAUUUAAAAGCUGCUCUUGAGGAGAGAGGACUCUCGAAAAGCGGCCAGAAGAAUGCUUUAAUAAAAAGACUCAAAGGGGCUCUCAUGCUGGAGAAUCUGCAGAGGACUUCCACCGCUCACAUUGGACUGCAGCCAAACUCACAGAUUGGUGAGGAAAUGAGCCAGAACAGCUUCAUCAAGCAGUAUCUGGCUAAACAACAGGAGCUCCUGAGGCAGCGGCUGGAGAGAGAAGCUCGUGAAGCAUAUGACACAAGUGAGCCAGAGGACCACACAGAAGUUAAUAACAGUACAUCAUGCCCUCCUCAAGUCCAGGAUGCCACACCAGCAUUGGCUGAGCAGCACAAGCCACCUGGCCCCUCUGGUGGAGAGGGAUUGUUUGGUGCAGUGAAUGAGGGAGAGGGUAACAGGAACCAGGAGGCUGACAUGUCCGGUCCUCCUGCUUCUGGCUCUGUGGCCAUGCAUGUUCCUGGUGGUGAGCGCCGGCCAGAGAAGGGAUCUGCCUCCAACAAAAUUGCUGCUGACAGCGACGAUGACGAUAGUGAGGAUGGCGAGGAGGAUGGUGACGAUGAUGACUGGGAAAGCGGUGCUCGAAGGAGAGGCCACAAAGAGCCAGCAAAAGUGCCCACGACUAGAGAGAGGUCUGGUGCAUCCUGUCAACCCCCACAGCAGCACAUGCCUUCCCUUUUGUCUCCUCAACUCCGCCAGCCGACACCUCCUCCCUCCCCACCUCCAGAAUUAUCAUUCCCCUUGCCUGACACCCCUAAACAGAGCCCCCCUAGUCCAGAUGUAGCCCCAGCUAGGCGCUCAUCCAGUACCUCUAGCUCUGGUUCAUCCAGCAGCGGCAGCCGCAGUAGCAGCCCAGAGCCACAGAGGAGUGGACAUGCUGAGCGCAAGCCAGGCCCGCUGACCCUUCUGGCACGUAAAAUGGCAUCAGAAGGUGCUUUUUCGGGAGCAGGUUGGCACCGUGGCGCUGGGGAAGGUGAUAGGCAGGACAGCAGUACUCCGGCUACAUCAUUUCCUGGCAGAGGUCAUCCAGAGGGUCUGGUAUCUGCCAUCACUCACACAGCCAAUACUGCAGGCCAUGUGUCAUUUCCCAUGAUUUCAGGCACUCACCAGGGUAUCACAGGAGCACAGUCGGCCCAUAUUCAAGUACCUGUGAGUUUGCUCAAAGCCACAGCUGCAGAAGAGAGGGACAGAGAGAGGGACUCUCAGAUAUUAAGAGAAAAGGCCCUUGAGCUGCAAAGGCUACAGAUGCAGAGGAAACUUGAGCAAGAACAUGAAAAAGUUCUGGAGAAAGAGAGAAUUGAACGUCAGCAGGCCUUAGAAAGAGAAGAACGAGAAAAGGCUUUGCAGCGGGAGAGAGAACUUGCUCUAGAACGAGAGAGGCAGGAGAUGGAACUAGCUUUGGCUAAAGAGAGGGAAGAGCAAGCCUUAGCACAAGAGAGGGCCUUGGAGCUGGAGAGGCAGAAGGAGCUUGAAAGACAGAGGGCCCUGGAGCAUGAACGUCUGCAGAGAGAAAAGGAGGAGAGGGAGAAGCGAGAGAGAGAAGAAAUGGUACGAGUAAUGGAGCUAGAAAGAGCUAAGGCUUUGGAGCAGGAAAGGAAGGAGAGAGAAAGAGCUCUUGAGCAAGAGAGGCUACAGAGGGAAUUAGCUCUGGAGGCUGAGAGAAAGGAGAAGGAGAGGAUUGAGAGAGAAAAGGCUUUGGAGCAGGAAAGGUUGGAAAGGGAAAGGCUAGAGAGGGAGAAAGCCUUAGAGAAAGAGAGACUAGAGAGGGAGAAAGCCUUAGAGAAAGAGAGACUAGAGAGGGAGAAAGCCUUAGAGAAAGAGAGACUAGAAGUGGAAAGAGCCCUGGUACAAGAGCGACUAGAGAAAGAAAAAGCCAUUGAGCGAGAGAAAGCCUUGGAGCAAGAGCGAAUUGAAAGAGAGAAAGCCUUAGAGCAAAAGCGAAUUGAGAAAGAGAAAGCCUUAGAGCAAGAGAGAAUUGAAAGAGAGAAAGCCUUAGAGCAAGAGAGAAUUGAAAGAGAGAAAGCCUUAGAGCAAGAGAGAAUUGAGAGAGAGAAAGUCUUAGAGCAAGAGAGAAUUGAGAGAGAGAAAGUCUUAGAGCGAGAGAAAGAAAGGUUGGAGCGGGAGAGAGCCUUGGAACAGAGGUUAGAGCUUGAGAGGAAGGAAAAGGAGAGAAUUGAGAGAGACAAAGCAUUGGAGCAAGAAAGGAUAGAAAGGGAAAAGGCCUUACACGAGAGGGAGGAAAAAGAGAGAUUGGAGAGAGAGGCAGCUCUGGAACAGGUGAGGAUGGAGAAGGAAAGAGCCGAAAAGGAGAGGAAAGAGAAGCUGGAGAGAGAGAAAGCUUUAGAGCAGGAGAAGGAAAAGAUGGAGAGGGCACUUGAACAAGAAAGGUUAGAGAAGGAGAAAGCAAUGCAGAAAGAAAAGGAGGAGCAGGAGAGGGCCCUGGAACAGGAGAAAGAGAGAGCUAGGGGGACUGAAAAGGAUAGGGAGAGUCACCUCCCUCCUUCCAAACAUGGCCGUGAGAUUGGUCUUACCCCCCUGCCCACUCCUCCUCCCCUUUCCACAGGACCAGGUAGAAAGUCAUCGACAGAGGCAGGAGAGCAAGAAGAUGUCCAUACUCCAGUGUCCCUGUGUGAAGCAGCAGAAUCCGGUGCACCCAUGCCAGCAACACUUCUGUUGCCUCAGUCCUCAUUCAAGAAAUUCCGGUUUAUACGGGACUCCCCAAUUCAACUCCAAUCUUCCUCCCCUUCCAUGGUCAUAAAACGGCCCCGUAACUUUUCUGAUACCGCCCAUCCUCGGGCCUCACAUGUUUCCUCCCUCCCAUCCUCCGCUGAACAGGAAGAUCCACAGAUGCGGACAAAACAAGAGGUUGUUGCCAGGGCGCCAGGAUCUGAAGGGGCCCAGCCUGAGAAGGAGACCACUGUUAACACCUCACUGGUCCUAAGUCCCAAAAAAGAAGGGGCCACCAGCCUAGUAUUGGAGGACAAAGAUAAAGCAGAUACUGAGAAGUUGGAACAGGCUGCCAAGGAGUCCACCAAAAAAGCAAAAGAAGUGGAUGAAAGUAAGGGUCCUACAAACCCAGUGGCUACUGCUCAGCGGAGGGGAAGAGCUACAAACAAGGAAGAAAAACUAGUAAGACAAAGAUCAUCAUCAUCUAAUGAUUCCUCGUCGUCAGAAUCGGACUCGAGGUCCUCGUCUUCUCGGUCCUCUGGCUCAUCCACAUCCUCUCAAGAGAAGACCUGCUCCACUUCAAGAAUUAGAAGGGAUGGUAAACCUGAAAGAGAUUCCUCACCACAGCACAGGGUGACACAAGAGGCUCAGGCUCAGGCUGAGGGUAUAAAGGAAACACCAAAAUUCUCCCCUGGCAAAAGAGAGAUGCCUGUAGAGAAGAGUAACACAACUGCUGAUGGAGACAGUCACACCAAGAAACCAUUCAUUGAAGCACCAACCAGAGAGGCGUCCCAAAGGAAAAAAAAGGACAACGAGAGAGAGGAGAAAACGGACAAACAAAGACAGUUGAAGGAGACUGCCAUGGCAGAGCCGGAGAAGCUUCUAGAGACCAGUGAGGAGACACCAAAGGCCUUCUCUGCUCGUAAGAUCUCUAUUAGCAGCAGUAAAUUGUCUCCAGGUACUGGCAGUGCAGAGGGUGAGCAAGACUCUGGGGCUGCAGCCGGUCGCAAGAGGAGGUGGGGCUCCAGCACAGCUGUCACUGCCAAGAAACCUUCCAUCAGCAUCACCACAGAUUCACUUAAGUCUCUGAUCCCAGACAUUCGCCCGUGUCUCGGGCAGGAGGCAGUAGUGGACCUGCACCCAGAGGAAGCUGUCCUCUCUGGUGCUGAGGAUGAAGAGAGGGAGUGCUCUGACCAGGAUCUUCAGAUCCGUCGGACUGUCACACAGGUGGUGCACUCAGAGAGCCAGGAGAAUGGAGAGAAAGAGACAAAGAGGAGCAGACAUGAGGAGCUGGAGGAGGAUGAACCACAGGUAGACACAGAGAUCACAAGGACCCACGAAGAGAAGAUGGACACCUCAUUUCCUGGAGCUGUGGAAACCCAGUCUCCAUCACAUACCAGCCAUGAUGUAGAAACUAACACUGUGACCCCCAGCGACACCCUCAUUCGCCGCUCCAUCAGCCAGCAAAAAACGGGUGUUUCCAUCACAAUCGAUGACCCUGUUCGCACAGCCCGGCAGCCCUCGCCACCUCGCGGCAAGGUCUCCAACAUUGUUCACAUCAGCAACCUGGUGAGGCCGUUCACUCUGGGGCAGCUAAAGGAACUGCUCGGCAGAACAGGCACCCUGGUGGAGGAGGGCUUCUGGAUUGACAAAAUCAAGUCUCACUGCUAUGUCACUUACUGUAGCUCAGAUGAGGCAGUUGCUACACGGGCAGCUCUUCAUGGAGUGAAAUGGCCUCAGAGCAACCCAAAAGUCCUUAACGUAGACUUCUGCCAGCAGGAUGAGCUGGACUUCCAAAAAGGCUUGGGCGUAGCUGGCAAACCCGUAGCAGAGGAACGGGGGCCUGGUUCUGGCCGUGGUCGAACAUCGGCCUUGCCCUCUCUCCUCCCUGAGCGAGACCAGUGGGCCGAGCGUGAGCGUGAGAUGGAGCGCCGAGAGAAGGCUAGAGCAGAGCGGGAGUGGGAUCGCGACAAGGUCCGAGAGUUUGGAAAACCUGGUGAAGAGAAGGAGGAAGGUCCACGUAGGUCACGCUCCAGAGAGAGGCGCCGGAAGGAGAGGGGAAAGAGCAAGGAGAAGAAGACUGAGAAGAAGGAGAAAAUGGCUGAGGACCCCCCUGCAAAGCUGCUUGAUGAUCUUUUCCGCAAAACUAAAGCAGCUCCUUGCAUAUACUGGCUUCCACUUACAGAGGAACAGUUUGUCCAACGGGAAGCUGCCAAAGCAGAACGGAUGAAGGAGCGUGAGAAACGGAGGAAGGAGCAAGAUGAAGAGGAGGAGAAAAAAAGGGAAGAGGAGCGCAAGGAGAGGGUGAAAGCUGGAGGCGGCCCAACUGGAGAACGAAGUGAGGGUGAGAAGGAAAAAGAAAAGGACAGAGAGAGGGACAGAGACAGAGACCGAGGUAGAGACAGGGAGAGGGAGAGGGAGAGGGUGAGGGAGAGGGAGAAUGACAAACGCAGGGAUGGCUACCGUAGGCCAGAGGGCCGUGCAGCAGGCGUGGGCAGACGCUCACGCAGCCGCAGCGACCCACGAGAAAGGCGACGUUAAUGGCCAAUCAACUGAUGGAACUGUCCUAGAGACCACCCUCUUCCAUUUGCCUUUCACUACAUGUACUUUGUUACAACUAAGACCCAACAGAGGACCAACUGAUGUCGUCACCAUCUCUCAAAUUGUCACCUUUUUUAUAGCACAUCUACACUUAAACACAGUCAGGCUUGAAGGGGACCAUGGUUGGUUUUUUUUUGCGGUGUUGUUUCCCAGAGUGCUGUAUGUCGCACUUCUGUCAAGCUUUGAUAUAUUUUCUUUAUACUCUUGCCUCUCUUUCUCUUAAAUAUUUGUCUUGACGGUUUUGCAGUAUGGCACGCUGGGUAAUUUUAAUAAUUUCCCCUCAUGUUCCCCAUUUGCCCCAAAGUGUAGGUGCCAAUUAUUAUUUGCUAUCAAUUGUUGUCGCCUCAGUGUUUUUAACAGCUCUAAAAUCAGGAUGAGGAAUCCUUUUGUUGCUGCAUGUAGUCCAAGGCUCUCCUUGCCAAUCCUACCUAAAAGAAAACUCUACCCUCUGUACAGAGGCUUGCAUAAAUCUGAAAAUAUUGGAAUAGGAGAGUUUGGCAUUUUGUACAGACAUAUAAGAUUACUUAAAAUCACGUCUUUAAAUAAGGCAGCUCUGGGUAAUUUUUGGACGGGUGUGGAAUAACUACUAAGGCAACGCAGUGUUCCUCUCCAUGCGAUGGUUCCGAAUCUCCUUGGAGGAGAAUCGAUGUCUGUCACACUUGACACAAGAUAUGAUUAUGACCUUAUCAUUGAUUCUCUUAUUCCUCCCUCAUCUUCCUCCACUUCUCUUACCCUGUAAUGUCAAUACAGGCCCAAGAGGGAGUUUUCUAACCAUUUUUUUUGUUACCUUCAUUUUAUCAUUUUAGUACAAAGGUUUGUUUUUGUUUUUUAAUUUCUUCUUUGAGUACGCCUAUCAGUGGUGAAUGUAUAAAUAAUAAAAGUUGAGAUUUGAAAU